AUGCCCUGGGUGGCAUCCAGGCGAACCGAACUCAUGCUACAAGAAGCCGAGACAACAUAUUCCAAGGCCGCCAAGAGUGAAUUGCAUGGCGACUUUGAUCGGGCAUUUGGACUCUACGUGAAGGCGGCCGAAGCCUUCCUGCACUUGGGUCAGAUCAGUGAUGAUGCACGACAACGUUCUCGCUGCAAAGACCACGCUGCAAAGGCGUUAGAACGUGCAGAGAAGAUUAGGCAGGCUCGGCCGGAAUUGAGACCGCCCACAAGACAUCAUUUCGCCGAGCAAGAACAAUUGUAUGUGUUGAGGAAGUCGUCCCUUGUGAAUAAUGUUCGCUUCUCCCUGUGGGACGAAGACGCAACUAUGACGCGCGACACAAGGCACCCCGCGCUAUCGCCUGACCAACGGCGACAUUCAGCGGUCUGGAACAAGGUUGAUAUCAGCCAAGUGGGUCUGGCAAGCUCACCUCUCGAGCCGCAAGAUAUCGCCCAACAUAUCGUCACGGAUUGCUCCGUGAAUCUCAAUGUGUGGUCUUGGCAUGCAGCUUCUGACUUCCCCUGGCGUCUCAAGCUCGCUAUCGACGACCAGCUCCCCCAAUAUCCUGACAGAACCCUCUUGUGUCUAUCUACGGGUAACAAACGACAAACUUGGCCAUCACUCCUGGAGAAGGCGUACAUGAAGCUCAUGGGUGGCUAUGACUUCCCUGGCUCUGAUUCAUGUGUAGACCUACACGCGCUCGCGGGAUGGGUACCCGAACAUGUGAAUCUGAGAUCCUCGACUUCUCAACGGGAGCGCUUGUGGGCCCGCAUCUCACAGGGCUUUUAUAACGGCUCAUGCAUGCUCACCCUGGGAACUGGCGAGAAUGCCAGUGGUCUAUGUUGGGACGAUAUUUGCCUACUUCCUGCUCACUGCUAUGCCAUCAUUGACGUUUCAUCAAGCCCCAGCAAGCGGGAGAUGACCAUUCUAGACUCCUGGGCUCACUCGGGGUCCGGCCUUAUGAACGGGCAUGACUCUGAUCCUAAGCGGGAAUCGACAAACACCUUCAAGCUUUCGUGGGACGCAGUAUGCAACAUCUUCGACGGUGUCUAUCUUAGUUGGGAUCCAGUUGACGCGCCAUGUCUCGGAUACCCGGCGCACCUCCGAGUACAUUUCUCUGCUUGUAAUGGCGAUGAAGAGCCGAGUCGAUCGUCUCUGGAAAUCAACCCCUCGACGUUGAAGGGUGAAUAUACCAACAACCUUCAUACCCUCGUGCGAUACACCGCGUCGCAAGCCGAUCAGGUGUUGCAUCUAAGAGAUACCAAGGCGAUGUACUCGAAGGAGUUUGACGGAGAGUUCGGCUCCAGAAUGCUGGCGGCCACCAUGGUCAUCCGACGUUCAUGGACAAUCCUCAGUAUACCUACGAAUAUACCCGGGAGAGUCACCAUCGGCCGCAAAUACCAAAGCCGCCACGUCAAUCGUCCUGCAAAGCUCCAGACAUAUCCCAAUCAACGUCUCGCUAGUGUGGUCAAGGGAGAGCGUAUUGCCGAGAUGGGUCACAAUGAGUUGGCUGCGCACUCCGGUCCAUAUGGCUUCGGGUACGCGAACGUGGCGCGUGACCUGUCGGCGGGCGACUACACUCUCGUCUUAUCCUCUUUUGAACCGCAGCAACUUGGAUCGUUCAAGCUACGCGUGGAGAGCCAAUCACGUUUCGAGCUCACGCCCAUAUCUCAGGAAGGCGCCGGCAUGUUCAACAAGGUCAUACGUGGGGCGUGGACCACGGAGACCGCCGGCGGGGGUCCAAGCUCGAGUCGGUACGCAACAAACCCGCUCUACGAAGUGCAGGUCGACACAACCACACAACUCAAAGUACGGCUGCAACUCUUGGAGACCACCCCGCCCGCCUCUAUCAAUGUCUCCCUCUUCGAGCACAAGGCGCCUCGCAACUCGCUGAAAACAACGUCGGGGACCGUACUCCGAUGGCGUCGCAGGCGUAGCCACGCCGCAGGUCGCGCUGCAGCCAGGCACAUACCACGUCGUGCCUCGACGUAUAACCCUGGGCUGCUUCGCGCGUUCAAGCUCAUAUUCUACAGCAGCGCCGCGGUCAAGGUCUCUGCGGUCACGCGUGCCUGA